CUCAAGAGAAUGAAUGGUACCUAGCUAGAGCUGUCGCGAUAAACAAUCAAAUCAGCUCAGUUACGACUUUAAUUUGUUGUACAGGGAUUAUUUAUGAUACUAAAUAAUCUAUGCGUAUUUUUAAAUCUGGACCACCAAAAUGAGUCGCUUUAAUUCCACGGUUCCAGUCGAAGAAUAUCUCGCGGACAGUAAUGUGAUGUUCUACUUAUGUGAUGCUGUGACCCAACUUUUAGAACAUAAAGAAGAAUACACCCAAUUUGGUAUGAUCCGUUAUUUUGCUGAAUAUUUCAGCAGUGUGAAGAACAGCAACCACAUACUCUUCAGAGAAUAUAGCUAUGUAAAGGCUACUUCUCACAACAGAACAUCUUUCAUCAGAGUAUUCUGGAGAUGCUACAGGCAGAUUGGGAAGAGCGGUGAUCUACUCUCUAUGCUGGAGUACAGGUCCUUGCUACAGUUACUGUGUCCUGACUUUCCCAUGGAGGUAGUGCAAUGUGCAGCCCGGACUGUCCUGAUGGAUGAUGCCUUAGAUUGCCUGAUGUCCUUUUCUGACUUUCUCUUUGCCUUCCAACUACAAUUGUACUACCAAGAGUUUCUGGAAAGCAUUCUGGAGAUUUAUCAAGAUUUGCUUGCUGGAAAGAGCCCUAACACAGUUAUUGUCCCCACCUCCACGCCCAUUGAACAGCUCCCUCCUGUGGCUGCAGAAGAGAACGACAAAGAGGAGCAGCAGCAGGAUGGAGUUGAGACGUCAACUCUGGCACAAUGUAUAGAGGCCUUCUGUGACCGCUUCAAACACAAUUAUCCUCCUAGGUCUUGUAUGAGAGACAUCCUGAAACAAAAUGACAAAGUGUCAUACUACAGCUUUCUUAUGAGCUUGGCAAAACAUGAAACUGUCAACCAAACAAUUGGAGCACUACCAAGCAAAGCCGAGCUGCUCAUUGACCCAGAAAUGGACCAAGAAUUAGACAAAUUAAUUGCACAGAUCUCGGUGAGCCCAGGCAGUAACAGCAGCAGCAGUGCAGUGGGGGCCCUGAAGGAAGCCCAGAGGAAAGCCUCUCCUCGAAGGAACAUUCACCACAAAAGAAGGAUGGAGGUGGAGAGUGACGGCUCCACAGAAGAGACUGACUCCUCUGAAAACUGAACUUACGCCUUUAA